AGAGACGACUGGAAAUUGGAAUUCAUUCCCACUCGGGCAGGGUGGUGACCUUGCAGCCAGGAGAGAUUUCUGCAAAGGUACAGAGUCACAUGCGUUGGAUUUCGGGGGGGUCUAGAGAGAGAGAGAGAGAGGAAAAGGGGGAGAGAAGCGGAAGGGGAGAGGUCCUUCUCGUCUUUGUUCGCUUGCUCUCCUCACUGUUCUUGCGGUUACCUCCGCCUCGCCUUCAAUGCUACCGCGUUACUGCUGGAUCUGACAGAACCACCGCGUCCGCCUCCGCCUAGAAGCUAAUCUUGGUCCCUGCUUCUUCAAGAUUCUGUUUUUUCUCUCUCUCUCGAAAUUCCAGUCUUCAGUCGCUACGUCCUCUUCGCCGCAUCCGUGAGAAAGUGCUUCGCGCGUGCUGAUUUGAACGAUAAGCUUUUUCUUCUGGAGUUCUGGUGGUCGAGGUGAGAGUUCACCUCCUCCGCGUUCUUGCAGCGCCAGGAGAGAGAAGGAAGGGAUCAGAGGAUAAAGGAAAGAAGCGGAAUUUCGCUUGGUUCCUGCGCGAAUCCGCGAGAUUUUCUCGCGGGGGAGGCUCGAUUCCCCUUGAAUUGCUGGCGUGUGCCAUGAUUCUCGCCUCCAUUUCCACUAAGAAGUAAGAAGACAGCGUCUCAGCAGUGACGGCACUGCAGUGCUCCAGCCUGCUGGGCUCCAAUGGCGUCCUCGCCGUCGCCUUCCCCGGGCACCAUCAGGGCCACCUUGCCGCCGUCCACAGCAACCCCAUCGCCGGCAACCACCACACCCACGCCGGCCUCUCCGGCUCCGGUGACACAGCCCAAUGCUACCCCGGCCGAUCCUUCCUCCUCGCCGGCUGCGCCGCCUCCCCUUCCCCCCGCAUCCACGCCACCCCCGCAGCUCACUCCUCCACCGCCCUCCUUGCCACCGCCUCCUGACGCUGUGCCGCCACCGCCAGUAGUUGUUGCCUCUCCGCCACCAGCCCCCGCAGCCGUAGUGCCGCCACCCUCGCCGCCGGUUGCAGUGCCCCCACCACCUACACCCGCUGCCCCGCCAAAGGCAUCGCCUAUACUCCCCCCUGCGGCUGCAUCACCACCUCCAUCAAAUUUGCCAGCGCCCAACCCACCGGCUGACCCAACUCCGCCGACGGUAGUGCAGCCGCCUCCACCAAAGCAUCGUCCGCCACCAAGAAAACCUGGAACACAGCCGGAUCCUCCACCCCUGGCUCCACCACCUUCUGGAGUUCCUGUCAAACCUUCUCCGACUAGUCCCUCGCCGGCCUCUGGAGAUCCAUUGAUCCCUACUCCCACUAGCCCCUCGCCUCCAGGGACGACACCGUCGGUGCCAGCACCAGCAACAGCAGUUGAUCCGGUCAGCCCGGUAACCAACGCGGACCGGGGUUCCAACAAAUCAUCAAGUCCAACCACACAGAGCAGCAGCUCCUCAGGAAGCAGUGGUGGAAUGAGUUCUGGUGCAAAGGCAGGUAUUGGUGUCUUCGUAGCCAUUCUUGUGCUUAGCUUGGUGGGAGUUGCAUUUUGGUACAAGAAGAAACGGAGGAGAGUGCAUGGUUACCGUGCUGGGUUUGUAAUGCCUUCACCUGCCUCGACUCCUACACAAGUGCUAGGGUAUUCAGCUAAAACAAACUUCAGUGCUGGGAGUCCUGAAUCAAAAGAUUCAAUGCCAGAGUUCAGUAUGGGCAACUGUCGGUUCUUCACUUAUGAGGAUUUGUAUCAGAUCACAAAUGGUUUCUCAGCUCAGAAUCUGCUAGGGGAAGGUGGGUUUGGGUCAGUGUACAAGGGCCGCUUAGCUGAUGGAAAAGAGGUCGCAGUUAAGAAACUGAAAGAAGGUGGUGGGCAGGGAGAACGUGAGUUCCAUGCGGAGGUGGAGAUUAUCAGUCGCGUGCAUCAUCGGCAUCUAGUCUCUCUAGUAGGGUAUUGCAUUUCAGAUGACCAGAGAUUGCUUGUCUACGAUUUUGUGCCUAACAACACACUGCAUUACCAUCUUCAUGGACGCGGCGUGCCAGUUUUGGAGUGGCCAGCUAGGGUUAAGAUUGCAGCCGGCUCAGCUCGGGGAAUAGCCUAUCUUCAUGAAGAUUGUCAUCCACGAAUAAUCCACCGAGAUAUAAAAUCCUCUAAUAUUUUGCUGGACAAUAACUUUGAAGCUCUGGUUGCUGAUUUUGGUCUUGCAAGGUUAGCUCUGGAUGCUUGUACGCAUGUAACUACACGGGUGAUGGGAACCUUUGGGUACCUGGCUCCAGAGUAUGCAUCAAGUGGCAAGUUGACCGAAAGAUCAGAUGUAUUCUCUUUCGGUGUUGUUCUCUUGGAGCUUAUUACUGGUCGAAAGCCUGUUGAUGCAUCAAAGCCAUUGGGUGAUGAGAGCCUUGUUGAGUGGGCUAGACCAUUGCUGACACAAGCACUUGAGAGUGGCAAUGUAGGGGAGUUGGUGGACACCACACUCGGUAAGAACUACAACGAAGUUGAGAUGUUCCGUAUGAUUGAGGCUGCUGCUGCUUGUAUUCGGCAUUCAGCAUCCAGGAGACCCAAGAUGAGUCAGGUGGUGCGGGUUCUUGAUAGCCUAGCUGAUGUUGAUCUAACCAACGGUGUCCAGCCAGGCAAGAGCGAGAUGUUCAACGUUGCGAACACGGCGGAGAUCAGGCUGUUCCAGCGGAUGGCAUUUGGCAGCCAAGAUUUCACGACCGAUUUCAGCCAGUCCAGCUGGAACAGCCAGAGUAGAGGUCUUGACACCUCUGGUUCGAGGCCAUUGUAAUCCUCGUCGCCGUAAAUUCGUAAAUCUAACUAGCUAGGGCAUUCCGUUUCGACUCUUUACCUCAGUGUGAUUCUUUGAGUGAAUCAAUCGUGAUUAUUCUUAAGCCA